CCAAAUACGUAUUCACGAAGCGCAUGACCGCCUGCAAAGCAAUAAACACUUAACAUUCGUAUAAAGCUCACUGUAGUGUGUUAUCAACGAUAUACACAUAGAGACUGGCUGUUUAAGAAAUAAAUCUUGAAGAUAGUACAAUUCGACACAACGAUGAAACUGUUGGUGUUGUUGAUAUCUGUUAUCUGCACCUGUUUGGGAAACACUAUUUCAAAUGAGAUUAUCCCUCCACACCUAGACGUGAAGGACAGCGCGAUCCACCACGUCUUGCAAGAAAGCCUUUCAUUGGUCGACAAUGACCGGAAACGACCAAUCGUCGGCAACCAGGUCUUAGACAGUAUUGUUCUAGAACGGGGCAUAAAACUGCCUACCGCAACACAUGACCGAAAACAAUUCCAAGCACACAGGAAGUUAGCAAAGCAACAAAGAAAACUCUCGCGAAAGGAAUUGAGAGAGAAGCUCCGACUUGCAAGAUUACAUCGAAAGACGCUACAAAAGUCUCUUCGAAAGAACCACAAGCUGAAUGCAAAGUUAGGCAAACUCCACGGAAAGUCGACUGAUAAAGCUGCACACGAACUAAGUGAGGUAAUUAAAGCGAUAGACGGAAAACACAAAGAUGGAAAGGGCUCCGAUCUGUCAACCGACUACAUUAAGGAACACCUCGAAGAUAUCUCGAAACCCGCAUUUGAUAUCAGCGUUCCCGCAAACGUCCAUAAGAUUGCUCCAACUCAUAGAAUGUUGAAAUUUCCAGUACGAACAUGUGACGGCAAGGGACAUAAGGGUGGAUCAACACAUUUUAAGGGCGGGCCGCAUAAAAACAAGGGAAAGCAUGUAAAACUACCAGCAAAACCAGGGAAUAAGGGAAUGAAGAACGCUCAUAAGAGACUUCAUGGAAAGAAGAAACUAAACAGAAAUAACCAGAAUCAUCAUGGUUACGUCAAAGAAGGCGAAUCUGCGCACCAGGCGUUGUCUAAAAUGUAACCACUUGUUGAAACGAUCCAUCACAAUUAAAAUCGAAUUACAAACACAUUAUGAAAAUCCAUCUUCGCUCGUUUUUAGUGAUGUUAUGUGGAACUAAACUGGUUUUGACCGCAACUAAAACAACGUUUAAGUAACGUUCGUCGUAGACGUCCUAUCGAUGUUUUUUCGGCUUUCUGCGGUUUUUGUAUUUUUAACUGUAAUCGCCAAUAGGAAUAUGAAAUGUAAACCCAUUAUGAGAUGCGUUUAAAGAAACAUUACAGGCAAACAUCCCACAUAAAAAACAGGUUAAUCAUGUAAAUGAUUAUUUUAAUAGUUGCUUAAGCUGUGCACUCGUACAUGCUUUAUUUUAUCUAAUAUGUCGUUAGUGUCAUCAAAGUAAGGCAACCAAUAGUUAUAUUUAUAAAAUUGAACACACCCUGUUAAAUUGCAAUUUAAACAAAUGCACAACAUAUUAUAUAUAAACUGCUUUGUGUAAUUCAAAUUUGCCUAGAUUAUAAUACUUUACUAGGGAUCAUUAUA